CACCCCUCUGCAGUUGACUGAAACUGGGAUGCAUUCAGCUCAGGCUGCUGCUGAGUUCCUGUCUCUUUGAUGAACCAUCCCAAGUGGUGCUGGCAGCAUGGAGACGGCCGAGACAGUACUGCUGGAGACCCUGGCCAUGCUGGGAGAAAGGGAGCUGCAGAGAUUCAAGGACAAACUGAGGGAAAUCCAGCCGAAGGAGGGAUACCAACAGCUCCCCUCUGGGAGCCUGAGAAAUGCGGCUCCUCCAGCCCUCACGGACCUGCUCCUCCUCUUCUAUGGGACGGACUAUGGGGCGGAGGUGGCUGCGGAGGUGCUGAGAACCAUUGACCAGGGAGCCCUAGCAGACAAAAUGGAGAUACUCAUUGAUGCACUGGAAUAUGAGAAACAUUAUUUUGAGUGGCACCAAAAGCAGGAGAAGGAGCUGAAGCCGCUUAGAUAUGAGAUAACACCUUUCCUGCCUGGGACAUGCUUACUGAAUGAUGAGCAAUACCAGAGGAUCAGAGCUGAGAAAACCAGCCAGGAGCAGAUGCGGAAGCUGUACGAGCUGGUGCCGAGCUGGGAUGAAUGGCACAAGGACCGGCUCUACCAGGCACUGAAGGAAACAAACAGAGACCUGGUUGAAGAGCUGGAGGGGGGACACUUUGUUGACCUGCACCGGGAGCAGCUGAUCCAGCGAGUCUCAGAAGAAGAACCAGGGCCCCAUGUCUCACGCCUCCAAGGCUCACACUAUGCUCCCGAGUGA